CCUUCGUUUUAAAGCCUCUGAUUCUGAGCCAUUUUACAUUUUCUUCGUUGAGCAGAAACCUAAAGGCUAAAGCCUAGAACUUUCUUCCUUUACACCUCGCUGGAACCAGCGAUGGAUCCUCAGCCCGAGCCUGUCAGCUACAUAUGCGGAGAUUGUGGAAUGGAGAAUACGCUGAAGCCCGGUGACGUUAUACAGUGCCGUGAGUGCGGUUACCGUAUUCUUUACAAGAAGCGCACUCGUCGUAUUGUCCAGUACGAGGCACGCUGAAGAAAACAGCUAUAACGUUUGCAAGUAAUUUCCAUGAAGAAAUUGUUACUACAUCUGUGUUGUGUGAUAUUGAAGAACUACUUUUAAUUCUACAGUAGAUUGCUUUUUGGGUGAUGUUUAGCAAAGGAUAAAAACUUUGAAAUGUGAAUAUAUUACAAACAUCCGUGUUUCAUUAGUUUGCAAUUUUAUCCCUACUAUGGUUAAGAAAAAAGUUUCAUCUAAAAGGAUUGGUGCUCAAAAUGGAUCAACUUGCUA